GCGAGAAAAAAACAAUAGUUUUGGGAAGAUCCCGACUAUGACUAACUGUUGCACCCGCGAGUUUUGGCAAACCUGGACGUGUCCGGUUAUAAAUAGACCACUUGCGGAAUCACGAAAACUCCACCUUUUCCACCUUACUCACCGUUGGUGAAGUCCCUGAUCGGGAAUCCCCACAACCCAGAGAUAAAAACCAUAACAAGAAGAUAAAGUCAUAGACCCCACAGGUCACCGUAUAUAAAUGCAGAAGUUUAUCAUCUCGAAGGUUACUCGUGUUGUUCCAUUAAAGGACGUGCUAAUUAAAUAAAUAAUUUUAAUUUUGCAUACAAGGCAAAGUUGAAUAUGGGACGAAAGUUCGUGAUUAUUUUCUCAAUUUUGCACCAAAUUCUGGCUCGAACAGAGUCAAACUUGCCGGCAGUGUGCCCCGAAAUCGUGAGUCGCACUAGAUGGGGGGCUCGCACUGCUUUGGAAGUGGAUUACGCCCUAAUCCCUGUCGAAAACGUGGUCGUGCACCACACGGUGACCAACACUUGCAGCACUGAGGAAGAAUGUGCGGCGAUUUUGCGAAACAUUCAGAAUUUUCACAUGGAAAAUCUAGAUUUUCACGAUAUUGGAUACAAUUUUUUAGUGGGUGGUGACGGCCAGAUUUACGAGGGCGCAGGUUGGCACAAAGUGGGGGCGCACACACGUGGGUACAACUCCCGGUCUUUGGGGCUCGGUUUCAUCGGCAAUUACACGACUCAACUUCCAAAUAAAAAGCAGAUACAAGCCGCUAAAGAUUUUCUCCAAUGCGGGGUUGAGUUGGGAGAGUUGGGCAAAAGUUUCAAACUGUUUGGGGCCCGCCAAGUCAGCGCGACGGAAAGUCCGGGCCUAAAGCUGUACCGCGAACUACAGAACUGGCCGCACUUUACCAGGUCCCCGCCGAAAUAAACUGUAUUCUAGUUUUUAAAAUAAAAUUAUUAUAAAGCAUA